UUCUGAAUAGGUGAGUCAGAACUGCUAGCAUGCUUGAUGUAGUUGCUCUGAUUGUACGAUUAUAGUUUACUGUUGAUAACUCUUGCUGGAAUACACCCAUUGCUACUAAAAUGAAGAAAGUCUGGAACAUUUGAACAAAUGCCUCUGAGACACCAGUGGACUACCAUGGAUAGAGGUUCUGCUGCAGCUGGGGGCGUUCUGAUUCACCUGGACAUCCAUGUGGAUGAGGAGAAACCAAGGCUUGGAAUCCUUGAGCUUCUUAAAACACUACGUCCACAGUGGAAGACUGAGGACAUUCAGAUGAAGGUGUUCACGGAGGGCAUCACCAACUGCCUGACGGGCUGCUACGUGGGCUCUCUGCAGGAGGCCUGUGUCCUGGUGCGCGUCUACGGGAGGAACACAGAGCUGUACGUGGACCGCCAGCGGGAGGUGGAGAUGUUUCAGCUUCUCCACGCUCACCAUUGUGGUCCUCUGAUAUACUGCAGCUUCCACAACGGCAUCUGCUAUGAGUUUGUGAGGGGAGAGGUGCUGGAUGACCGGUUGCUCAGGCAACCUUCCAUAUUCAGAUUAAUCGCUGCGGAGAUGGGGAGGAUCCACUCCAUCAAGCCCCCGGCCCCUGGGCCGGCGGAGGCUGUGCUGUGGGCCAGGAUGGCCAAGCUGCUCACGCUGGUCGGGAACAACGUCCAGGACGGACCUGACACCCACAGUCCCCAGAACGUGCCUGGCCUCCCCAGCCACAAGGUCCUGUCAGACGAGAUGGAGACGCUGAAGAAGCAUCUCUCAGACACGCUCUCCCCGGUGGUUCUGAGUCACAACGACCUCCUGACUAAAAACAUCGUCUACAACCUCCCAGAGGGAACAGUGAAAUUCAUUGACUAUGAGUACGCAGAUUACAACUACCAGGCCUUCGAUAUCGGGAACCACUUCAAUGAAUUUGCUGGGGUGAGUGACAUGGACUUCAGCCGCUACCCGAGCCGGGGGCUCCAGAGAGAGUGGCUGAGGGCGUACCUGGAGAGCUACCGGCGGGCCUCUGGGCGGCCCAGCCCCCCCACCGAGACAGAGGUCACCGCACUCUACAUCCAGGUCUGCAAGUUCUCCCUGGCCUCCAACUUCUUCUGGGGGCUCUGGGCUAUGCUGCAGUCCCACUUCUCCUCCAUCGACUUCGACUUCAAGAGAUACGCCACAGACCGACUACACUUCUACUUCCAGAAGAAGGCUGCUUACUUCAAGUUGACCGAGGUCUAGAAAGCAACGUUAACAACUUUAACUGCCAAAGAGUAUAUUCUAUAAUGCUUAAUCUUUUUAUCCAUCAACCCAAUCAUGGUCAUAGUAGAUACACAAUAAAUAAAUAAAUGAAUAAAUAUAUAUAUCUAUAUAUAUCUAUA